CAAAUGCUUUGCUGAGGUUCGUGUAGACAACACACUGCCCUGCCUUCAUCAACUUUCCUGGUAAUUUCCUUGAAAAACUCUAUAAGAUUUUCCUCUUCUACUGGAUUUGGAGGUGGAAAUAAACCCAGACAUAAUGCCCAACAGUGAGGACAAACUGCCUGUGAAUGAUGGUCACAAUAAAGGUCAAGGGGAAGAGGAAGGCAGAAGAGCUCUACCCACUGGUGUUGGCUCAGAUGGUGGGAAUGACAGCUCCAGUAUGCCUAACCUCUGCAAGCCAAGUAUUUCCUGCUCCAGCCCGCCGCGGCUCAUAUCUGUGGCUGAAGUUCUGGAAACUGCCCGAGAUGUGUCCAACCUGGCCAUCGCACAUGAAGUGGUCAUAAACAGCAACUUUCAGUUCCAGCAGAAGGAACUGCCUCAGAACAGUUUGGAAAGGAGGGUGAAGGAGAUCAUGCACCAAGCAUUCUGGGACUGUCUGCAGGCCCAGCUAAACGAGACCCCACCACAGUACUGCCAGGCCAUCAAGCUGCUGCAGGAAGUUAAAGAGUCACUGUUGUCACUCCUGCUCCCCGGUCACACUCGUUUGCGAUCACAGAUUGGUGAGGUACUGGACACGGAGCUGAUCCAACAACAGGCCAAUCACAAUGCGCUGGACAUCCACCGACUGGCUGGCUUCAUCAUCAGUAUGAUGGGAAGUCUCUGUGCACCAGUCAGGGAUGAAGAGAUAAAGAAACUGAAAGGCAUCACAGGGACCAUAUCUCUCUUCAGGGAGAUCUUCCGUGUGCUUGACUUGAUGAAGAUGGACAUGUUGAACUUUACCAUUAAGACACUGAAGCCACACUUGCAGCAACAGUCUAUUCAGUAUGAACGCAGCAAAUUCCAGGAGUUCCUCAACAAGCAGCCCAGGACCCUCUCCAUAAGCAGUAACAGAAAACAUUCUAAAAGAUUCUUGUUCUGCUUUUCCCUAUCAUUCAACAGCACGUCAGGUUUGGGUGAAGUGCUGCAUGCACUCAGUGACCAAGUACACCGAGAGGUCAACAGAUCACUUGCUGAACAUGGAUCCCCUCCUCUGACAGAUGAGCAAGAAGCCAUUCUAAAAGGACAAGUCAGAAGCAUUAGACACAAAAGCAAUGUUGUUCGUAUGCUGAUAGGUGAGCGGAUUAACUCCUACGUGAAGGGAUUCCUCAGUCUCUCCAGCCCACAGAAUUGCCAUCAUGCUGUCCCAAGGGGCCUUGCUCCAAUUCAAGCAGAACUCAAGGACGUCGGCUCCAAUUUCCGGUGUCUAGUGCACCACAAUAGGAUGGUCUUUGGACCCUAUUACUCAGGGAUUCUGGCGAAGGUGCUCUUCACAGAUGGUGACGUUGGGAUGGACUCUCGCUGAAUUGAGAAGCAGGAUCUGCAGUAAAGCUGUGUGUAAACUGUAUAGGGUGAACAAUCAUUGUCUGAAGCAGCACCUUGAUCAUUUACUACGAGCCAGAGCAGUUCUAGAAGUAUAUUAAAUAUUCAGAACUUUCAAAAACUGUUUCCAAAACACAGCCCAUCACUAGUACCAGAAAUAUCCAUUGCAAAUUGAUAAUUAUAUAUCAUCAUAAUUACUCAACCAUUGCAUUAACCUUUUCUGCAUUGGGAAGGUGUUCAUGACUUAUUCAUCCUGCCCCAUGCAGUGCAUUUACAGCUGUUCAAAUGGUAAAGCCCGUGUUUCCUUUUUAACUCCCUUUCUUAUUGUAGGUCAACCUGUUGUAUGUAAGUUUAUGUACAGUGCACAUCCUGUGUCCCAUUUGACUUUUCACCCCAAAAGGUUCUGUGAACACAAGGUCCCCAGUAUGUGUUGGGUAACAUUUAUAAUGCAGGUCAGGUAGAUGCCACAAUCCAUAAAUCAGUGAUUAACAAAGCUGUCAGUUAUAAAUUGGUACUGACGCAAUGUGGUAUUUUCAGUCGUGUUAAUGGGCUUUAUCUUACUGCUUUUACUGGUGCAAUAUUCUGUUUGUUUCAAUCACUUUAGAGUGCUUUACUCUCUAACUUUUUCAUUGGAGACUAGUAACACAAUAUUUUACAUGUUUGAUAAAUGAUACCCAGAAUGGAAGUCUCAAUUGGACUGUAAAACUGAUCAUUUAUGUUCCUAAUGUAUAUUCAAUUUGGCACACACCCGAUUAAACUGAAAAACCAAGCAGGAGUCAAUUAAAGCAUUUUAAAAAAAUAUUUUAAAAUAUAUAACAUGUAGUUGCAAUGAAACAUAAUUAAAAUGUUUAAAUAAACUAAAUCUUUUUUUAAAAACUGCCAAUUGAUAAAAGUUACCUUGAUCCCUCACAACCAUUCUUCUCCAUUAUAUCAAUAAAACCCAUUGUUCCUACGGCAGAUCUAGCUAUUCAGAUGGAUUCAGCAGAGUAGAUAAUGUAUCUGCAUACUCCACUCCUGGGCUCCAUAAAGAACCUCAUUACAAAAGUACAGCCUAACAGAUUGCACCAAGUUUCCCAACUUACAACAAUUUAUAGAGAGCAUUUUUCUGCAAACUCCAGAUUUUUAUUGACCUUAUUAAAUAAAGCACAUCUUUACAAGUGUAAUUCAGGAGGAAAUGAUUGUCUCAUUAUAUAAAUUACUCUGCCCAAUUUCUCCAAAAGAUGUUCUCCCCAUACAUUAUUCCCAAAAAUGCAAUAAUCUACACAAAGUAGACUCACCUUUAUUGUUUAUGGAGAUUUUUAGGCCAUUAAGGGACAUUGGUCUUGAUCUCUUUUCUCUUUUGUCUUCCUCUUCUGGCUUUCCCUCCAUCUGAUCAGAGUAAAUUCUGAGAUACAGUAGGUACAGUGUGAGGAACCCAGUGUUGAAGUGGCCAGUGUUUCUCUGCUACUGUGGACUUAAGGGAGAGAACUGUUAAACCUGUAUUCUAUCAAUGCAUUGUACAGGGCACUACAAUAGUAAUUGUUUUGUGCCUUUUUGAAAUCAUUAUCACAUUUCUAUGGCUGUUAGUACUGGAGUAGGUGUUUGAACUUCUCUCAAGUAUGUUAAUUGAAUGCCACCUAGUGGUAAAUUCAACUUCUCUAAAAGCUGUUUCCCCGACUUCAUACCGAUGGAGGAAUAGGGAGACUUGUUAGCAGCACUGAAGAAAGUUGGAUGUGCCACUUUCAGGUCUGAUGUUAGUUUAAGAGUUGUCAGACUUGUAUCUCAAUAAAGUUUAUUUGAAAAAGAGCUAGACAAUUCCCUGCACACUCCCAAUUAAUAAUUGUCCCUCGGUCAACAGAUUAUCUGUCCAUUAUCAAAACAACUUAUAUAACUGGCAGAACUCAGCAGGCCAGACAGUAUCUAUGGGAGGAGGUAGUGAUGACGUUUUGGGCAGUUUGUUUCACAGUAUUGUAGGGCACAGAUUGACCGAUACAUUUUCCUGCAUUGUAAGUCUUGCUACACUUCAAAUAAAACUUACCUCUCUGGCUGUAAGGAGGUUUGAACCAUCCUAAAUCUUUCAAAGAUGUGGUAUAUAUGUGCAUCUUUCUUUCCAACCUAUUUUUAAAAAUACACAGUUGUUUUUUUUUAGUGUGAAGUGGUUUUUAUUACAAGUUCAGGGAAUUCUGAAUGAACAGCUUUACAAAUCAGCAGGAAAAACAAACAUUUUGUUUGUCACAAAAAAGAGGAAAAAUUAAAUAUGCUUGUUUUCUCGUUUCUGAUGAAGGGUCUUAGAAACAUUAACUCUGUUGUUCUUCCGCUGAGGCUGACUGGUGUACUGAGUGUUUCCAGUACUUUCUGCUUUUGUUUCAGAUUUCCAGUUUCUGCUGUCAUUUGAUUCUUGUGAAGCUGUGUUUGUUGACAUCUCCAGAAAUGAGCAGUUUGGGUUUGCAUGCUUUUCUACAGCAAGAGUAUAAAAACAGAAACAUGCUGGAAAUACUUAGCAGGUCAAGCAGCAUCUGUGGAGAGAGAAUGAGUUAACAGUGCACCAUUUGGCAAAGUGUCUGCAGUCAAUUCAGAGGCCAAGGGGAUGAAAAGAAAAUGAAUCUUUAGUGCAGUGGCUGGGCAGGGAUGGAGCAGAGAUAUAUAACUGUAUUAUUUAAUUAGGAUUUAAAAUCCUGAAACAUAUUUUAAACUGGAAUUAAAACUCUGAAUUUUGAUAUUUUUUUUGUCAAAGAAGCAUCAUGCAAAGUGUUUUGUGAACUGAGGUUACACCGGCAGAGAGCAUCAACUUCAAAAGUAUGAGCAUCUUAAAUUGAAAUUUUCACACAAACCAGAAGAAUAUGGCAGCUAGUUGUAAUUCAAGAAUAUACUUUCAAGCUAAAAAUAAAAGUUUCAGAUUUAAACUGGGACAGAAUUUAAAAGGGCAUAAAUUUGUAUUGCUCAUGUGCUGAAAGUCAUAUCCACACUCUUGACAAAAAGCACAUCAGUUCCACAGGAUAAAAAUGCUUUAUGCAGACCUGAAGCGCGGGGCACAUUCUAAUUAACAAUGUAACUUCUGCAUUGAUAGCUGUGCAGCUCUUCAAAAUUAUGGUUUAAUUUACCUUUCCAUACUGUGACUAUUUCUUUAAAGCCCCUUCUGAAAUUCUUCCUUAAGGUCACAUAGUUUUAAAGCUGGACACUUCCAGUUACAUUCUGUAACAAGCCACCAGGGGGCAGAUCAUCACCACAUUGGCCAUUCCUCAACUGUCAACGUGACAAUGUUUUCCCUCAACGUUAUGAGUAAGUCCCUCUCACUUAUGGCCAGCAUUGGUAGCGUGUUCGGUACUGAGUGCUGCAUAGUACUCUGUGUUAAUUGGUGCCAAUGAGGUUAGUAGGUUAAUUGGUCAUUGUAAAUAGUCCUGUGAUUAGGCUAGGCAUGCUGGGCAGCUCAGCUCAAAGGGCUGGAAGGGCCUAUUCCACACUUUGAAAUAGACAGACAGACUGACCCUGAGGUAUUUCAAAAUCUGCCAUGGAAAAUGUACCUGAUCUUUUAAAAACCCACUAUUUCCCUCACGUUUGUUAAAAUGCAUGAUCAAACCACCAACAUUGAUAAUGCAAAUUGGAUUAGAUCACUGAACACACUGAUCUAUUCAAUGAGAUUAUAGCUGAACUAUAUCCUGACUGCUUAUCCACCUCAACCUUGCUUCCUUGACAGUUCGCAAAUAAUUAACAAUUUCAUAAACCUUAUUACAAACUGAGCUGACACUGAAUUUUGUGGGAGAACAUGCUGUCUGUGUGAAGGACACAGUCCUGAUCUCCCUCUGCCUCUGAUUCUUGUUAAGACCCUUUUGCUGAACUCCCCAUUGUUUAAAAAAAAAAGUAAAAUCUCUGUACCUCCACAAUCCACUCUAAAUCCUAAAGACCUUAAUCAAAUUGCCUUUUUCCCGGAAUAGAACUUUGUCUUGUGUAAUCUUCUCGUAUGACUUAACCCUAAGAGCCCUGGCUGCUUUCCAAUGAAAAUGCAUUCCUUCCAAAGCUCAUUUAUCCUUUCUAAUGUGCACUUGGUUUCACCCAAAUAUUAUUUCUGUAACUGUGAUAAAAUUUCCUCUAUCCUAAUGGAGAUAUUAAUCUUAACAUUUAACCAAGAAAGGUUGAUGAUUUUGAAAUAGUCCAGAAUAUUAAUUUAAAAUUUGUAUUUAAAAUUCUGCAUUGUCACAGAGCAUCAUUUCCAGUUUGCAGAUUCUGUAAAUUAUUUGUCUCUGCCUGUCCAAUACACAGAGACAGAUAAACCAAAUAAUUCAGCUUUAAUCAGUUGGACCUCAGGUAAUUUCCUAUCGCAGAACACCCACUGGCACCUGAAUGUUGAUAAUUCAAGGGAAACCAUUAAAAUCAAAUGUUGCUUCAGAGCAUGAUGCUACCUGCCGCGUUACUCUGGCCCAGUUCCCACCCUCUUUUAGAUUGUAGUGCAGCUUCUUAUCAAAACAAACAAUGAAAAGACAGGCUGUAAAUAUUUUCAAUGCUUGAGCAUAUUUUUAAUGAGCUUACGAAGGUGACAUAGAUUGCAUCUAAAGGGUAGGAAAGAAUUUCCAACCUAGUUAUCCAUGAGGAAUGCAGCGUAAUCAAAAUUAAAAGACAAUCUAUCUCUUCAUUUUGUUUUAUACUAUUAAUUCUGGUUGUGCUUGCUGCCUCAUGUUUAAUUCAUUGUCCUUUAUACCUCUUGUAGGUGACAAGAUUCUGGUUGAUUAGUUAUGCGGUUCUUACAGGCUAUUUAUUUUUUACUACACAGGGUAAAAAGGAUGAAUGCUAAAAAAUUAAAUUAUAUCAAAUUGAUGUAAUUGGAAAAUUGGCUUUGAAAGGGAAACAGCAAAUCUAAACUGUAGCUGGAAUUCGAUCACACAUGGCUUUCUGGUGGGAACGGAAUCAAAUUCAAUUUUCAAGUAGGGUACUGAUUAAGGUGUUGCUUAGACAGUGAUGCUCUAACUAAGUGCAAUCAGUUUGUCCUCUGUUUAGUUGCUGAUGAUAUCAUGUAUUUUCAGAAUGUCUGGCUUUUAUUUUACAGUUUUAUUAUAAGCAUUAUUGAAGUUACUUAAGUUUUAUGGGAUUGAAUUGAUUGUGGAUAUUAGUUAUACUGUACAUUAUAUUAGUUACAGAAUAUAUUUUGGAUUAUGUGAAUUAUGAAUGAUCUGAAUUGCAGGAUCGUGUAUGUAUUUGACUAUGGUUUGGUUUCCAAGUUGUGUAACAUGUACUACCCUCUCUUGAUUGUUAAAAUAGAAAAUACUCCAAACUGUUGGUUUUGUCAUUUCCAAUCCAGAUUUCAGAAGUGAAGUUUAUCAAAGUAGGAUGGAGUGAGCCUCCUAAUUUUAUUAUGGGACCUCCAACAAUUGCCUCCUCCUUUUGCCAAAGCCCUGGUGGGUAUCAACUCAAAGAUUGGCAUAUCAUGGUGUGUGAUACCUCAGCUCCUUUGAGGGGUGAAUUAUUAAAAGGAGCAUCACAAUUAUACUACCACACUCAAUUCCAUUAUUCACUAAAAGACAAAAGAGAAAGGCUGAACUUCCCACCAAGAAACGGGUGAAUAAGACUACCAGAAUCUCUUACCUCAUCUCUGCUGACCGAGCAUGAAAAUGAGAGACUUGGUGGAAGCGUACAUAAUUCACUGCCACUGGCAUUGAGUGGGGGUUCACUUUAAGAGGCUGGUCUGAUGUGACAACAUAACUACAUAAAAUACUUUUACUGCACUUCAUGUUCAGUGUUUGGAGUACAAUAAAUGAGUUGUUGUGGUUUCUCUUAAGCAUAAAACACCUCUGCUGUUUUUAUUUGCAAAAGCCAAUAUUGGUGACCCUGAUGCUCUAGGACAAUUCCAGAGUUAUUGAACCAACACUGUUGCUUUGAAACUGCAGGAGAUUUGGGAGCAAAAAGGCCGUUGUUUGGUUUGUACAAGCUGAGGCCCAACUUGCAUUGAGAGAAAUUUCCAGCAACAACACCAAAUAUUUCUAUGUGGUGGCGUCGCUCAACAACUCCUCGGCUGCGAGGGUGGUGAGUCGAUUAGAAACCCAUCUGAACGUGAUUAAUACCGAUUGCUGAAAACUCACCUUUUGGACUACCUGGGUUGCUGUCCUUACCUGGCUUCAGUGCUGCUAAGCCAUUGGAGCUAAUGGACCACAUGCUGUCUCUCCUGGGAAAUCACCAUCCUCGUUACUCUUCAUGCAGCAGAUGCCACAUCACUAAUGCACUCGUGAAGAACUCGCGAGCUUGCUAAAAUGGCUGAUAGUCUACACUCAGCCAGGUAGUGGGGCAUCAUUACUACUCCUUUCUCUACCUCAAUAAGCCCGGUCAACAAGGCCCCCAACACAAGGAUGGCCAUGGCUGUGAGAUAGAUGAUGAUGCUCACUUUGGUACAAAUGCUAGGAAGUGCCGGCUGUCUUGCAGCUUCGACAGUGCCAGCACAUGGGGACCUCAGAGGUCUGUGAUCGCUGUUCAUUACAGACAGCAUCUCAGGGCAACGCUUCCUGUGUGACAUGGGUGCUCAAGUGAGUGUGCUGCCAGCAUCGCCUACUGAUGAGAAGGCAAAAAGUGACGAAACCUCACUGGAGGCUGCCACAGCAACAAGAUCCAGACCUACAGGACACAAUGGGUGACUCUCUGGUUCAGUGGGAGACAUUACACAUGGGACUUCAUCCUGACUGACAUUGCUAGACCUCAGUGCAGAUUUCCUGUGUGCCCGAAGACUAUUAGUCGAUCUUAAGAACCGCUGGUUUGUGGAUGUCAAAGCCUUUGGGUAGUUACACUGCUCCCCACAAGUUCCCACAACGACUCUGUAAAGCACUUGCACUAUUGCAUGGGAGUUUACUCGACUGCUGGGCGAAUUCCCAAACCUCAGCAAGCCCACGUUCUCCACAACAGUCACAAAACAUGGGGUCAGGCCCACCAGUCCAUGUCCGCGUGCAUAGACUGGGCCCGGAACAGCUGCCAACCACGUUUACCAACAUGAAAAAGGUUUGGCGUUCUACACUGGUCAAGUAGCCCCUGGGUUUCACCUCUCCACAUGGUCCCUGAGUCCAUGUGGCGAUUACUGAUACCUCAACAAAACCACCACCCCCAACAGUCCCAGUCCCACACAUCCAAGACAUUUUGGCACGUUUAGCCAGAAAGUUCAUUUUUUCCAAAGUCGAUCUAGUUAGGGGCUACCAUCAGCUGCUGUGAGCUCUGAGCACAUUCCCAGAAUGACUGUAAUAACCCUGUACAGCCUCUGAGUUUCUGAGCAUGCCGAUGGGACUGAAAAUUGCUGCACAGUCUUUCCAACAGCUGACAGACUCUCUUUUAAAAGAUUUAGAUUUUCUUUUGGUUCACUUGGAUGACAUACUUGUCUCCAGUGCAUCCAAAUCUGAACAUGUCUCUCAUCUCUGCACACUUUCUGAGUGCUUAAAUCAACAUAGGUUAGUUAUUAACCCUGCUAAGUUCCAGCUUGGGUUGUCAGCCGUCGUAUCUCUGCAGAAGGUGCAAAACCCCUCCCAUCAAAAGUAGCCACUACUAUAGAUUUCCCAACACCUCGCACUAAAAAACUGACGGAAAUUUUUAGGUCCUGUCACUGCUUCAUUCCGGGAGCUGCUGAACUCACACUCCCCUACAUAAUACGCUUAAAGGCAACACCGCAAUCACGUGCUAGACUGGUCAGUGGACGUACCAAGGCAUCUGAAGACACCAAGUGAGCUCUUUCCCAUGCCGCCCUACUGGUGCACCUGCUCCCAACUCCCCUAAAGCCAUUGCUAACCUCACUCAGACUGUGCCGUGCACGAACAGACGGUCGGAGGCACUUUCUUCAGCCGGCUGCUCCGCCCCCCCGAAAGGAAGUGCAGCACGUUUGACCGUGAGCUUCUCAGUCUCUAGCUGGCUGUCUGCCAUUCUCGUUUUCUUCCAGAGGGUCGCCAUUUCACAGUGUUUGUUGACUCAAACCUCUCCUGCACACGAUUGUCAAACGAUCAGACCCUUGGUCUGGACGGCAGCAAUGCCACCUGGCCUACAUACCCGAGUUCGCAACGGGUAUACUGUACAACACAGCAAAGGGAAAAAUAAUGCCAUGUCCAAUUGCUCUGGUGGCCAGCCUUUGCCCAGUACAUAUAGGGUUUGCCAAUGGCAGCAAAGCAAGUUACUGACCCAGAGGUCCAGUCACUGGCCUGCGGUAAGUCUAGGGAAGUGGGGGUUUCUCCCCGUGCGAUGUUUUAACCAGCCACCCUUACUCUACAGUGUUCGCAAACUGGAGCUGGACUGGUUUUGACUCCGUGCAUGGGCUCUCGCAUAUGGGCCUCAGAGAAUCUGGUUGUACUAAAGUUUGUGUGGCACAGCCUUGGAAAGGUGUGUGAUUGGACUGCAGCGUGUGUGGAGUGCCAGUGGGCAAACAUUAACCAUCAUGUUCAGGUGCCAUUGGCACCUUGUGAGACCCCUGAGAGACAGGUUGACCAUGUCAACGUGGACCUUGUUGGUCCUCUUCCCCACCUCCUGAUGUUUCACGCACCUCCUUACUACGCACUAUACCACCAGGUGGCCAGAGCUCGUCCCUCUAGCAUCAACAAUGGCCGCGGACAUGGCUCGGGCAUUCAUCAGCACCUGGGUUACUCGAUUUGGCACCCCAUCUGCUAGUUCCUUUGACACUUUUUAUCCCCAAUUUUUAUCAGACCUCGGGGCUGAGAUGGCCCAGAACCACAUCAGGGAUAUCACCCACAGUCCAAUGGCCUAUGUCAGUGAUUUCACUGUUCCUUAAGAGCUGAUCUGAGGGCUUCCCUGACCAAUGAGUGUUGGCAUGAUUGUCUACCAUGGGUCCUGCUGGGGCUUAGAACUGCUCCAAAACAGGACCUGCAGUCAUCCUCGGCUGAGUUGGUACAUGGACAGCCAUUACGUGAUUUCAUUCCUGACACCGUGACUGUCUGGUUGGCCUCUCAACAACGUUCCGCCCUCCUCAGUGAAUUCAAUUUCUUUGCACCUAUUGUAUUCCAUCCUCCAUCAUGUCGUACAACACUCUUUGGUUCCCGUUGACCUUUUCUUCUGCCUAAUUUGUUUUUGUCUGCUAUGAUGCACACCAAAGUUCCCCAUAUGAUGGCCCGUUCCACAUUUUGGAACAGAGAAAAGACUCUUAUCAUAGAUAAACCUGAAUGUAUUUCAGAAAAUCACCUUAAACCGGUCCACCAAGAUUUGGAGGAUUCCACUACCACGCUACCAUGACACACUUCUGGAUGAGCCUGAGGCCUCUGCUGGUCCUCCGCCCAUGGAACAGAGAAUCCGAGCGGGUGGCGCACCUGAGCUGUGGACAGGCUGGCUAGCCGGUUUUGGUGAAUUCUGAUAGGGUAAUGUUCUAGUGGUAACGUACAUAAAGUGAACCCCAGCUUAUCACCAGUGGCUGUAAAUUAAGAGGCUGGUCUGAUGUGAUGACAUUAGUACAUAAAUCACUUUUACCACUAUUUGUGUUCAGUGUUUGGAGUACAAUAAAUGAGUUGCUAUGGUUUUUCUUAAAACAUAAA